AUGCCGCCCACCACAGGCACACGAACGUCGACGAGACAGGGCCGGGCGACGGUCCGCCCUACAAACUACUAUGCGCGCACCUUUGCCGGGCGACUGGCAGCGAGCGGUAUGGAGCAGACGCCCGAGGCCUCCAGCAGCGCGCCGGGCUUCCUGCCAGCCCUCACCCACUUCACCGCCGCCGUCGAUGCGUUCCCCAAGGAGAUUAUCAAGCACUUUUCCAUGUUCAAAGAGGUCGAGGCGAAACUCCAUGACCCGGAGCAUUUGCUCAAGGAGCUGCUCGAGGAGAUUGCCCACCAGCCCGUCACAACAAAGGCCCAAGCAGCAGCGGCAGAGCAUUACACGGCAGGACUCGAGAACAGCGCCAGUCUGCCUCAGAAACUCCAAAAUCUCUCCCCGGAAGAGCAGGCCGCGAUCCAGAAGCGCCAGCUCUUUUACCGCCUGCGCAUGCUCAUCGCAAACAUGUUACCCACGCUCGACGAGAAACUGGUUGUGCUCCAGGGCGCAAAAGCCACCAAAGACAAAGGCCUCAUGCGCAUGAACCACUCGUACUCGCAGCUCGACGGCGAGAUUAGCGACGAAGCGCGAUACGGCAGCCUUACGCACUGGGCCUAUGCCGACAAGGAGGAGAAGAAAAAGGGCGGCGCGUCCCACGAGCGGCAGCGCCGUGAGGUUGUCGCGGCAAACAACCUCGCAGCGGCAGCGCAGCACGUGCACGAUGUUGACUCUAUCGCAGCGAAAAGCGAGGCCCGGCGGGAGGCGAUGCAUGCGAACAAGCGCAAUCGACACCACCAGGUGGACUCGGACUUUGACGACCGACCCGCGAAGAAGCCUCAGAAGAGGAAGCCAAUACCGACCGAGGCGGCGGCGCCCGACAACCGAAACAUUGGCCUGGGCAUAUCGAGCAAUGGCGCAGGUCCUCAUGGCAAGCGAAAGAAGACGGAAAAGGCCCUUGCCGCGGCGGCGCCCACAGCCCCGCCCAUGGAGCGAUCCACGAGCAACGCCCUCAAAGUUGCUAGCAAUGGGGUACGGGGUGGAUCAAGCCCGCGAAGCACGCCAGCUCCAGAGAAUAGUGCUGCCAAACGCAAGCCGCGAGCAGCACCUGCGCCUGCCCAGCGCAAGAACCCAAUACCGCCCCAUUCGCCCCCCACGGCCUCGUCGCCCCUCGCCGCCAAUUUUGCCAUCAGCAAAGCCGCUGCCGGCGCAGCGGAUCGGCCAUUAUCGGCACGAGCACGCAAGAACUCAACGGCGGCCUCUGUUACAUCAGUCAAGGAGCAAGACACCCCAGCCGCACGCCGCCCAUCCUCUUCACACUCUAUACAACAAGCUACAAACAAUGUAGUCACAGAGACGGAACAGGUGACUAGUGCUGCGCGAGACAAUGCCUCUACAAAGGGCGCAUCCACCCCGAAGGAGUCUGCAGAUGCUCAACCUUCGCUUGAACCACCCAUGAAAGUAGAAGACCUCGGACAACCAGAGCCAGAGAGUAUGGAGAUUGAUACACCAGCGCCAGCUUCAGCCUCGGCCCGACCUGGUCGAACAUCAAAGACUGCGACACCCGUUGCUGGCGCGUUUCCUGAGAUACCCAUGUCUCGGAGCCGCAGCAGCCGCAAUGCCAACAAUGGCAAUUCCAACAGCUCGUCUGAGAAUAAUAGUACAACAACAGGCACCGUGUCGAAACGGGGCCAAAAGAAGAAUACACAGCAGAACAACACAGCCGCCUCUCCAGCGCUGAAACCCACAUCAAGCGUAAAGUCGAACCCUCCCUCGUCGGCAGCAAGCUCUGUUGCACAAGAACAAGACUAUCAAGAGGCAGAGCUCGAAGCCGAGCCCGAAGCCGAGCCCGAAGCCGAAUCUGAAGAAGAUGGAGAUGAACCCCGAUACUGCUACUGCAACGAAGUAUCAUAUGGCAACAUGAUUGCUUGUGACAACGAUGACUGUCCCCGCGAAUGGUUCCAUCUUGGCUGUGUGCACCUCGAAAAGCCACCCACUGGCAGGACCAAGUGGUUCUGCAGUGACGAGUGCAAAGAAACGCAUACCAAGGCAAAGGGCAAGGGGGGGCGUCCGGGUAGUAGUAGACAAUAG